CAAUGUUUGAGCAGGUGUAUUCAAAUCUUGAGGACAAGAAGUCACACAUUGUAAAUACUGGAUGGGCUUUAUUGGCUCUCAUUGAUGCUGGACAGGCUGAGAGAGACCCCACACCAUUGCACAGUGCAGCAAGUUUAUUAAUAAAUUCACAAAUGGAAAAUGGUGAUUUUCCCCAGCAGGAGAUCAUGGGUGUGUUCAACAAUAACUGCAUGAUCAGCUACUCUGCAUACCGAAAUAUUUUCCCAAUUUGGGCCCUUGGAGAAUAUCGUUGUCGGGUACUGCAGGCCUCAUGAAAAAUGUAGACAUUAUUCAUCAAUGUUCAUUUCAACAGUCGAGUUAAUGGUAGUUGUUAGAUAAUUUUCACACUGCCUCUUUACUUUAUCCAACACCAAACAACUACUCCAAAUGGU